AGAGAGAGAGAGAGAGAUAAAUGAUGAUCAUUUAUGUCCUAGGCAGGACCAGCCCAUCUAAGAACACAGAUAACGUAGCAUAGGCAAUAGCAUUUGGUAGAAAAAGAAUCGCAAGAAAAGAAUUUUGAAUGUCAGGUCACAUCAAGAUCUGAAUCUUCAACAACCCAUUUGUUAGGAUCCCACAUCAUUAAGACACCCUCCUUUGCAAGUCGAUUUUCAGGUGUGAGUUUUAUCAAUUUAUGGUCUCUCUCUUAUUGAUCCUUUCUUGUUCAUAAGCUAAAAUCUAAGAUAAGCUCUCCAAACCCAAUUCAGUGUCAUUUCUAGCCAUGCCUUCUUCUCCCAAAUUCCUUCACUCUCGCUUAUCCUCGCCGUCCUUUGCUUCCCGCAGAUCCCUCUUCCUCAUGCUCUCCUGCCUCUUCAUUGGCAUCUCCGGUUUCAUCUUCGGACUCACCGCCCCUUCUGGUUACCUUUGCUCCCACUCCAUAACUGAGCUCCGAUCGGUUCGGGUACUCUGGGACACCAAUUCUAAUGCUUAUACCAAUAACGAUGGCUCUGGUUUCAAUUCUGAGAAGAAGAAGAGGCACAAGGUUAUGGGGUUUGUCGGGAUUCAAACUGGAUUCGCCUCUGAUGGUAGAAGGCGCUCCUUGAGGAAGACCUGGAUGCCGUCCGAUCGCCAGGGCCUUCAACGGUUGGAGGAAUCUACUGGUUUGGCGUUCAGGUUUGUUAUUGGUAGAACUAAUGAUAAAUCAAAGAUGGUAAAACUCAAGAAGGAAGUUGCAGAAUAUGAUGAUUUCUUGCUUUUGGACAUUGAGGAACAGUAUAGUAAGCUCCCCUAUAAAACUUUAGCUUUCUUUAAAGCUGCCUAUGCGCUUUUUGAUUCCGAGUUUUACGUUAAAGCAGACGAUGACAUAUACCUGAGGCCAGAUCGUCUCUCCAUACUCUUGGCAAAAGAGCGUACUCACUCUCAAACUUACCUUGGAUGCAUGAAGAAAGGGCCUGUUUUUACUGAUCCAAAGCUCAAAUGGUAUGAACCACUCUCCUAUUUGCUUGGGAAGGAGUACUUUCUCCAUGCUUAUGGUCCAAUAUAUGCUCUUUCAGCUGAUGUUGUUGCAAGUUUAGUUGCUCUUAGAAAUGACAGUUUUCGGAUGUUCAGCAAUGAGGAUGUUACAAUUGGUGCAUGGAUGCUUGCUAUGAAUGUUAAUCAUGAGGAUAAUCGAGCACUAUGUGAACCUGAGUGUACACCAUCAUCUAUUGCUGUGUGGGAUAUUCCUAAGUGUUCAGGACUUUGUGAUCCAGAAGCCAAAUUACUAGAGCUCCAUCAGAAGGAUAGCUGCUCAAAUAGCCCAACCAUGGAAUCUGAUGAUUAGUGUUUUUUUUUUUUUUUUUCCCUUUUUUGACAUUUUUCUUACAAAUGUGAUGGAUAGAAGAAACAUUUAGUCCAUUCAAUUUUGCCUCUUCUACACAUUUACAUUUUUAUUCUUUCUUGUAAUCAUUUUUCCAAUGUAGAUAAGAAAAAACAGAAUUUUCCAAACCUUCUUAAUUUUAUAGUGGAUUUUUAGAAUUUGUAAGAGAAUUGAUGAGAGUGAUUAUACAUGUAAACUUACAACCCUUAUCAAAUAUACGCUACAUAAAAUUUUGGCUUC